ACUUGUGACCAGCGCAGCAGCAGCAGCUCGGCGUCUUGCAGAUAAAAAUUGGAUCGCAGCGACUCCACAUCCCUUCAUUCCUUCACCUCUGUCAGGCAACAUGGACUGCGGAAUAAUCACAUCAAAGACCGUCCUCCUCUUUCUCAGCUUGGUAUUUUGGGCUGCAGGAGCAGCGUUGGCCUACGUUGGUGCCUAUGUGAUCAGGAGCUAUGACAACUUUAACAGUUUCAUCCAGGACAAGUACACACUGAUCCCUGCCGCUAUCAUCAUCGGCGUCAGCGUGGUGAUGUUCAUUUUCGGUCUGGUUGGAUGCUGUGCCACACUCCGAGAAUCCAAAGUCGGCCUCAGCUUUUUCUUUCUGAUCAUCAUGGUGAUUUUUGCAGCUGAGGUGGCCGCUUUGGUGUUGAGCUUCAUCUACCAAGGAAAGAUAAAUGGAGACCUGGAGCACUCUAUGAGUGACACCUUUGCAAAGUACGAUGGACAGGAUCCUGAGACCACAGCUGUGGACUACCUUCAGACUCAGUUGAAGUGCUGUGGUAUUAAGAAUUACACCAGCUGGUCCAACACUACCUGGUUUAGAAGCCACAACAACACAGUGCCUGUGUCGUGCUGUAAGAACAGCACCACCCAGUGCACUGGCAGAGUGGAUCAGCCGGACCUGCUUAAUGUAGAGGGUUGUGAGGCCAAGCUGGAGCGCCUCCUACAGGGUGUUUUGGGUUAUGCCAUGCUGGUCAUUCUGGGCUUUGCCAUCAUCAAGUUCUUUGGGAUGCUGAGCGUAUGUGUGAUCACCUGUAAAACUAGCCAGAGGAGCGGCUACCAGCCUCUUUAUGCUUGAGACUCUCCCUGCAACCACCUACCACUUUCUCGUUUUUCUCCACUAGGUUUGCUGAGCACUUGUUAGGAGCUAACAGACAUCCUCAUUCUGCAAUGUCUUGAAGUAUCCAAGUUUUGUUUUAAUAAUGGUAUAUAAACUUUACACAAGUGGCAAACCUUGUCUAAAGCACCAAAUCGGCAACAAAUGUUCCUCUUACCUGUCGUUGUGCUAUUUUUAUUACACAGUUCCUGAAGUUUCCACCUAUUACCUCCUUUUAUCGUAACAUAUGAGACCAUUUAAAAAUAAAUAAAUAAUAGAAGAUGUUGAUCCCCAUUAAAGGGUUUUGUUUACUCUCUGAAAAUUCAGAUUUUAGUUUUUAAUGCUGACUGUAAGCCUAGAGCAGCUGCUAUGACAUCCAAAGAGAGAACAUAUGACAGAGCAGAAAACUAUUUUGGACAUGAAGUCUUCUUGGAAAUUUUGCAGAGCCUUAUCACUCUGCUGCAUCAUGCAAAUAUUCUUUUACAUGGUAUUAUUCUCUGGAAUGUACUAUAAUGAUGGACGUCAAACUAUAUUGUUAAGCUUUUCUUGGUGGUCAACAAAAGAAUAGCGGUUUAUUGCCUUAUUUAGGGUUGCAAUAUGUAUAGCUUAACUGAAUGAUUGAAUAUAUAUAUAUAUAAAGGUCAGUUAUCUCUACUGAACUGAGUUACAGUUAUACAUAGUUUGACUUUGGUUGUGUUUAUUGUGUUUCUAAAUUAAAACAUUUCACAAUAAUAGAAAGUCUGGUGUAGUUCUAUCACACUCUAGUAUAGCAUUAUGUACGUGUAACAUUUUUCAGCGUACAAUAUUCAGUUGGUCUUUAUAAAUGGGAUGCACACAUUUUGCAUCCAUUUUUAUUAUAAAGUGAAUGGGAAAACCAAAUAAAUCUGUCUAAUCCUG